CUUCGCAACCCGUCAGAAGAUCCACUUCGUUCCCCUGUUUCGUUCGUAUCCGUUGAAGUCUGGAUCUCUCUCGCAGGGGCGUGAAUAUAAAGAAUUGUGCAUUGGAGAAAGAAAGGGGAUCUCGAAUUCUCGAUCUUUUCGGCUUCUCCGUUGAAGCGAAAUGGAUAAAUCGAGUGCUUUGGACUACAUCAACCAGAUGUUCCCGACAGAAGCCUCUUUAUCUGGGGUGGAGCCACUUAUGCAAAAGAUACACAGUGAGAUUCGCCGUGUGGAUGCAGGAAUUUUAGCAGCUGUUCGUCAACAGAGUAAUUCAAGAACCAAAGCCAAGGAGGACCUUGCUGCGGCUACUCAUGCUGUGGAGGAACUCAUGUAUAAGAUCCGAGAAAUAAAAAGUAAAGCUGAGCAAAGUGAAACAAUGGUUCAGGAAAUAUGCCGUGACAUUAAGAAGUUAGACUUUGCAAAAAAACAUAUAACAACUACAAUCACUGCCCUUCAUCGUCUUACAAUGCUGGUCUCUGCCGUGGAGCAACUUCAAGUAAUGGCUUCGAAACGGCAAUACAAAGAGGCAGCUGCACAACUUGAGGCCGUAAACCAGUUAUGUAGUCAUUUUGAUGCCUAUAGAGAUAUUCCUAAGAUCACAGAGCUCAGGGAGAAAUUUAAGAACAUCAAACAAAUUCUGAAGUCUCAUGUGUUCUCUGAUUUCUCAAGCUUAGGAACAGGGAAAGAGACUGAAGAAAGUAAUCUACUGCAGCAGUUAGCAGAUGCUUGCUUGGUUGUUGAUGCCCUGGAGCCAUCUGUAAGGGAAGAGUUAGUUAAGAAUUUUUGCAACAGGGAGCUUACUUCAUAUAGGCAGAUCUUUGAAGGAGCUGAACUGGCCAAGUUGGAUAAAACUGAAAGGAGAUAUGCUUGGAUCAAGCGUCGAUUAAGAACAAACGAGGAGAUCUGGAAAAUAUUUCCUCCUUCAUGGCAUGUUCCUUAUUUGCUUUGUAUCCAGUUCUGCAAGUUGACAAGGACACAAAUUGUGGACAUCCUUGAUAAUUUAAAGGAAAAGCCUGAUGUUGGAACAUUGUUGUUGGCAUUGCAGCGAACCUUAGAAUUUGAAGAAGAGUUGGCAGAAAAGUUUGGUGGUGGCACUCGUAGCCGGGACUCAGGGAGUGAUGACGAAACCAGUAAAGUGGAAAGCAAUGGUCAAACUGUGUCAGAUAUUCGAAAGAAGUAUGAGAAAAAGCUUGCCGCACAUCAAGGAAGUGAGAAUGAAGAGAAGGAUGGACAGAAAGAUUUAUUGGUGACAGGAGCUGGGUUCAAUUUUCGUGGAAUUAUUUCAUCUUGCUUUGAACCUCAUUUGACGGUAUAUGUAGAACUAGAAGAGAAGACUCUUAUGGAGAAUCUGGAAAAACUUGUUCAGGAGGAAACAUGGGAUAUUGAGGAGGGAAGUCAAACUAAUAUUUUAUCCAGUAGCAUGCAGGUCUUCUUAAUUAUCAGGAGAAGUUUGAAGAGAUGCAGUGCAUUGACAAGGAGUCAGACAUUGUUUAACUUGUUCAAGGCAUUUCGAAGAAUUCUUAAAGCAUAUGCUACAAAGCUUUUUGUAAGGUUGCCUAAAGGGGGCACUGGAAUAGUUGCAGCUGCUACGGGUAUGGAUGGACAGAUAAAGACAUCUGAUAAGGAUGAAAGGGUAAUCUGUUAUAUCAUUAAUACAGCAGAGUAUUGCCACAAGACGUCUGGUGAACUGGCCGAAAACGUGUCCAAAACAAUUGAUCCUCAAUUAGCUGAGGGUGUUGAUAUGUCUGAAGUGCAGGAUGAGUUUUCAGCUGUUAUCACAAAAGCAUUGAUAACAUUGGUGCAUGGUCUGGAGACGAAAUUUGAUGUUGAAAUGGUUGCAAUGACCCGCGUACCAUGGGGUACACUUGAAAGUGUUGGUGACCAAUCAGAGUAUGUCAAUGGCAUAAAUAUGAUCCUUAGCAACAGUAUUCCUGUCCUUGGAAGUCUUCUUUCUACCAUCUACUUUCAGUUUUUCUUAGACAAGCUGGCGUCAUCUCUUGGUCCACGCUUUUUUCUCAAUAUUUUCAAGUGCAAACACAUAUCAGAAACGGGAGCCCAACAAAUGUUGCUAGAUACUCAAGCUAUAAAGACAAUUCUACUAGAUAUUCCCUCCCUUGGAAGACAGACAUCUGGUGCUGCUAGCUACUCAAAAUUUGUUAGCCGCGAGAUGAGUAAAGCUGAAGCUCUUUUAAAGGUUAUAUUGUCCCCUGUUGACUCUGUAGCGGAUACAUAUCGUGCACUUUUACCAGAGGGAACGCCCUUGGAGUUUCAGCGAAUUCUGGAACUUAAGGGCCUGAAGAAAGCCGACCAGCAAAGCAUACUGGACGAUUUCAACAAACAUGGGUCCGGGAUGUCUCAGUCGCCUAUUCCCCCACCAGCAGCUCCAGUGGCUCCUCCUGUUGUAACAAAUCCAGCUUCAGCCGGAGUUAUUGCUUCGAGAGAAGAUGUCCUAACCAGAGCAGCCGCCCUCGGGAGAGGGGCCGCCACAACGGGCUUCAAGAGGUUCCUUGCCCUAACUGAAGCUGCUAAAGACCGCAAAGAUGGGCCUUUCAGGAAGCUUUUUAAUGCAUGAGGAUGUUUAUGUCACAAUUCAUGUAGUUUCAAUUGCCUUUUCUCGUCAUUUGCUUCUUCUCAUGAAUGCACAUUUUAUGUAUAUUACUGCUACAGCUAAAAGCAGAAUUUACAAAUUUUUGUGUGCCUGGACGCUUGUAUAUGAUUCCAAAGUUUUGACUUUGUUUUUGGUAGCUAAAGUUCUUUCGAAA